GCCAAAGCCAUUUUGUCCAGCCUGCCUCUCAACACCAUGUGUCUUCAUUUGGAUUGAUCAUCAGAGGACAUUUGCUCCCUUUCGCUUGCCACAUCUGUGCUUUCUUUAUUGAUGGCUGGAUCUUUCUUUCAUCUGCUAUAUUUUAUGACCCAUCCUUGACCGAUACCCUUGCUGCUGUUGUUUUAUUGCAUAUUUUCCGUCAUUUUAGCUCUUUUCCCUAAUCUUUCACUCUCGCUUGAAAUCAAACAUUUGCCCAGUAGCGCAAAUGGAUGAUCCACCAGGCCCCGCCGAAGCCUCCAUGCAAGAGCAUCACUUUGUGAAGGCAGAUGAGGUUGACCAGACCGGGACCGAUAUCAGCCCAGUCUCGGACGAUCAGCUGAUGGAAGAGGUUGUCGAGGGGCUGCGACAGGAGCAGGAAUCGCAGUCCCCAUCGGUUGCUUCCAAUGAAGCGGCCCCGCAGGUGGAAAAUGUGGCCCGACGACCAGAACUACGUCGUGAUGCUGCACCGCCGCCUCCUCUACAGCCUCCGCCUCCAGCUCCGGUUCAGCAGAGCUCGGAAAGGCCACCGGAUUCUAUGAGUCUUGCUCAGUUGAGGCAGCUGGUCCAGGAGAUGCCAAAGAUCGAACAGCCCGCUUAUGCCUUUGAAUACGCCGAUUCGCAGCCAUUCGAGGAAGAAAUCGAAGAAUGGUUUCAGUACAGUGAAUUUGACCGAGCGAUGCUCCUCGGUAUGAGGUCAGCCUUUGAGCAGAAGUGGACCGCUUUCGGCGAGAGUCAUGAAAUUGACUCGAAGGUCUCUUGGAUUGAUGCAUCCGAAACUCAGCGCAAGUCAUUUAUCAGCCAGGUCAUCUCUCGCCUAAAAGACCGCGAGAUUUUGAUUCGCAUCGAAGCGCUAGAAAUUCUCUGUUACAUAGUGACUGGCGUGUGGGGGAUCACUGCUGGAAGAUCUGCUCAUGACGCCCACGAAGACACGUCCUUGCCGACUGCGGCAAAAGACACAACCCUUAAAUCCCUUCAGAUUAAGUGGAUCGAGAACAACAUUGCUUCAUUCUAUGACUGCUCGGGUGUCCAGCCAUUAUUUGAGUGUUUAUGCCAAGCAUUCGAAAAGAACCGCAAUUCGCCCAAUACCGACUCCCAAAACCCAGGACACGAGAGUGCGAACUUGGCAUUCCUUGCUGCGUCGGAGCGGGAGGCGAAUCUGGUACUUACGGCAUUCUACUUGCUUGUGGAGACUGGCCGGCGGCAGGAGGCCCGUAAUGAGAAGCAUACGCCUUUACGAGAUAGCAUCAUGGACCUGAACCCUAAUCUCUUGGUUUUCUUGGUGGAAAUUAUCUCUAGGCUGCGAUGGGAUGACUCGGCAAAUGUUCCGCUAACAAGGAUUAUUCUAUUAUUCUGGAAGUCCUUGCUUCUCUUCUUUGGCGGCAGCGAAAGUCUGAAGAAAGCAAAGGAAGAAUUAGAGCCAGUCUUCGAGGAGAGGGAAAAGUCAUCAUCCGGCAGAACUCCGUUCCUUACAGCGUCACCACUUGACUAUCACGUAUUUCGACAGGAGAUUACGUCCAAAUAUCCCUCCUAUAACCCACCGCCUCUUGUGGUCCCCUUAGAGCUGGAAAACAGCUCAAUUCUCCCUCCUCUUCCUCAGCACCCUAGCAGAACGACCGCUUCUAACGGCCUCUUUUCUGGUGUUGGGCCGUCGGUUGCCGGUGGAAACGGUUCAAUCCUUCACCAGUCGGUCCAUAUCGCAACUCCGGCACCGUCCCCUCCACCGUCACCCAUAGGCCCGGGUGGGAAGACGGGAAAGAAGCAGAAUUACCAGACUAACCAGAACUUCCCCUUCAUGUACCCUCCUCUCGAUGACUCGAGCAACGAUAUCGGUGGCAAAGGCACUACGGAGCUUCAAGAUGUGCUGGUGGGAAAGAGAUGGGAAGGAAGUGACGUCCCGGCAUCGAUUAUUGAGGCCGGAAAAUUAUUUUCCACCCACGUCAAGAUGACAAGAGCCAUGCGGCAGUUGUGGGAAGAGCGAGAGCGGUUCAUGAAAUACGACCGUGGCUGGUACUUGGAUGACAACGAAGCACCACCGGACGAUGACCUGGAUGCGGAAUUGACGGAGGAUUUGCAUGACUUAAAUAUACAGGAGAAAAAGAAUAGAAAGGCUAGCCCUGACAGAGAACCCAAGAAAGAAACCGACAACGAGGAUAUCCAACGUCGCCUGGAUGCGGUGGAGUCUUUUUAUACACAAGCCCUCGUUCAUUUGCAAUCGAUUACUAUUGUGUUUUUGAAGAUCAUCCUUACCAAUGUCAGCGCCGUGGUCAACCAGGCGAAUGGACCCAUGAGUGACGGCUACGGCUCGGUCAAUGGAUACGCGGCUGGACAUGGCAACAAUAUUAUUGGGGAACUCAACGCAGAUGCUGCCAUUGACGAACUCGACAACCUUCGGCUACGUGAGAUCACCGGGAAAGCCAUAUCGGGCUCGUUGCUGCUUUUGGUGAAAUGGUUCAAGAGAUCCCAUAUAUUGAAAUUCGAGUACAUGACUCAGUUAUUACUCGAUUCCAACUAUUUGCCUCUGAUUCUGAAAAUGUUUGCCCACCAGGAUGUUGAUCAAGCAGUGGCGCAAAAGAACGAUCGCGAAGAACUGGGCUUCUUCCACUUCUGCCACCUGCACUCGGAUCAACCACCCCAGCAGACCGAGCACUCGGAGGGAGAGUCAAGUGAGGAUGAAGCAGUACCGCCUCCGAUUGCCCGACACCGACAAGAUUCAGGGCCCGAAAGCACUUUGAUGCCCGAGCCAUCCCCUGAAGAACCCGCACCCGACUUCAUGGAAGAGAAUCAUCGCCCCGAGGUUGACGAACUGGGAUACCCGACCGCGCCGCCUCCCAAAGAGCCGAUUACAGUCUUCUCAUUCCGCAAUUUCUUCUCGGCCAUUAAUUACCUGCAUGUCAUGCAGAAGAUCACCCGAGACAAGGCUCACCGAUGCCUGCUACUUGUCCAGUACAAAUCCAGCACGAUUCUUCGCAAGGGACUCAAGAUCCCCGAUCCCCAUUUGCGAUUCUACACGUUGAAGCUAUUCAAGUCGCAGGUCCCGUAUUGUGGCCGCAAAUGGCGCCAGAGUAACAUGCGUGUUAUUACCGCAAUAUACCUCUACUGCCGGCCGGAACUGCGGGAUGACUGGCUGGCGGGAUCCGAUAUUGACGCGGAGGUUGAAGAAGCGCUGCCUCUGGAGCAAGCCCUUCGGGGCAUGACCCAUUGGUGGCACCUGCGACAGUACAAAGACGUCAUGGGUGGCGAAGAGGGCACUUCUCUCAUGCAAGAAGAACGGGAUUUCUUCUCUCGCGAGCUGGAGUCAAUGGGAUGGGGAUUUGCAGACGACAUCAAUGGAGUAUGCGAGGAAGAACUGGUCGCUGCUGGCGGGCCUUUACCAAAUGGGACCGAAUGGGAGGGAGGACCUAUGCAGAUGGAAGGGUGGUAGGCUUGACCGCUGGUGACGGCAUUGAGACAUAUUGAAAGUCAUCCCUAGCGUACCUAGAUCAUCGACCCUAUCAUAG